UAAUCCUCUUCCGUAGACAAGAGUUAAUAUUGGACUUCAUUGUUUUGUUUUUUUACUCGUGUAUCUUAAAAUAGCUGUUAGGGCCUCCUUGUCUCCAAGCCUUUGUCCCAUCUUCCACCUGAAGGCUGCAGCAGUCCCUUCCACCGGCAGCAGGGGGCGACACGUUCACAACACAGCAGCCUGAAAUCAUUACGUAGUGCUGCUGCUGCCUUUUGUGUGUGUCUUGUGAGCCUGCUGACACCGCCCCUCCGGAGGGUGCAGCGGGACCGUCACACGCCUACUGUCGGUUAGGUCUGUUGGCUGGCUGUAAACAAAACCCUACAGCAGCGCGAUGUACGGAAUAUACCUGUAUCCCGGGGAGAUAACGGAGCUAACGGUGGUAACCAUGUAAACCGCAACCACGGGUUACAGUACUGGAACGUUACGACGGUUGGUGGUUGCCAGAACUGUCAGUGCUUUACUCGGUGGUUUUACAGGUAUUUUCUUGUGCAAUGGUUGUCAUAAUGGUCACCCGGUGAUUUGUACAUCAAAGCUAGCUUGCUAACCGUGAGCUAACCGUACACAUCUGGCUGCUAAUUUCGCACCACUAGCUAUAAUAAUUCCAGAUAAACGUGAACAUGGCAGCAGCAGCAGAGCACGACCUGGCUCUGUCUGAGGCGGACAGCAGCAAGGAGAAGGCUCAGGUGUUUGGGAUUUUGAGGCUACAAGAGGAGAAAGCUGGUGUUGUUGGGGAUAAAGCUAGCAGCACGGUGAGGGGAGGAGGAGACGGGCGAUGGCAGGCUCCUAUCUUCGCUUUGGCCAGGAAAGCAUCCGAGACCAUUUCAGGGAGCAUUCACGUCCUGCCCAAAGUGUCGGAGCACAGGACGUCUCUGCCCGGGGACUGGGCCGUCCAAGCGCUGCGAGACCCCAUGGCGAUGGAGCGAACCAACCUGCUAAACAUGGCCAAGCUGAGCAUUAAAGGGCUGAUCGAGUCAGCUCUGAGCUUUGGACGGACUCUGGACUCAGACUACCCGCCUCUCCAGCAGUUCUUCGUUGUCAUGGAGCACUGCCUCAAACAUGGCCUUAGAGUGAAGAAGUCCUUUCUGGGCUAUAACAAGUCUCUGUGGGGUCCUCUGGAGCUGGUGGAGAAACUUUGUCCUGAAGCAGCAGAGAUCUCCGCCUCUGUACGCGACCUGCCUGGACUUAAGACUCCAUUAGGCAGGGCCAGAGCUUGGCUGCGUCUCGCUCUCAUGCAGAAACGGCUGGCCGACUACCUGCGACUCCUCAUCACCAGAAAAGACCUGCUCAGCGAUUUCUAUGAGAACUCAGCGCUGAUGCUGGAGGAGGAGGGGGCCGUGAUCGUGGGCCUGCUGGUGGGCCUGAACGUCAUCGAUGCUAACCUGUGUGUCAAAGGCGAGGACCUGGAUAGUCAGGUUGGGGUGAUCGACUUCUCUAUGUACUUGAAGAAUGACAUUGAUGAUUACCGGAGUGAAGAAAGGAAUAGUCAGAUAGCGUCCAUCUUGGAUCAGAAGAACUACGUAGAGGAACUGAACCGACAACUCAACUCCACAGUUCACGGUCUUCAGGGCAGAGUGGACAAUCUAGAGAAGUCCAACACUAAACUCAUAGAAGAGUUAGCCAUAGCCAAGAACAACAUCAUCAAACUGCAGGAAGAAAACCAGCAGCUGAGGAGUGAAAACACCCUAAUUGUGCUGAAGACACAACAACAUUUAGAGGUAACCCAGGGCGAUGCGUCAGUGGAGAGAGACACGUACAAACAGUCUCGUCAGGGUUUGGAUGAGAUGUUCAGCGAUGCUCAAAGGCAACUGAAGGAGGAGUGUCAGCUCAGACAGGAUGUGGAGAAUGAGCUGGUCGUCCAGAUGUCCAUGAAACAGGAAAUGGAGCUCGCUAUGAAACUUCUGGAGAAAGAUAUUCAUGAAAAGCAGGACACACUGAUCGGACUGAGACAUCAGCUGGAUGAGGUCAAAGUCAUCAAUGUGGAGAUGUACCAGAAGAUGCAGUCGUCAGAUGAUGAGAUGAAGAAGAAGAAUGACGUGAUCACUCGUCUGGAGGAGAAGACCAAUCAGAUCACUGCCACCAUGAAGCAGCUGGAGCAAAGAUUACAGGAGGCAGAGAGGCACCGCACCUCGGCCGAGGAGGGGACCAGACGCUUCAAACUGGACUUUGCCAACAAGGCGGACAGCCUGCAGCGGCAGAUUGAACACAGAGAGAAGCAGCUCCAGCAGCUGGAUACGGACCUGAAGAUAGAGAGGGAGUGGAGGGUGACGUUACAGAACGAUCUGGACCGAGAGAGAGACGCGGUGGCUCAGCUCAGCACCGAGGCGCUGCAGAUCAACGGACUGAAGAAGGAGUUUCAUCGCCUCCACGAUGAAAACAUCCAGCUGAAGACCAUCUGUGAGGACCAAGAACAAGCUCUCGAGGAGCUGGGAUCCAAACUGAGCGAAUCCAAAUUAAAGAUUGAGGACAUCAAAGAAGCCAACAAAGCUCUUCAGGGGGGGCAGGUGUGGUUGAAGGACAAGGAGGCCAGCAACUGCAAGCUGUGUGAGAAGGAGUUCUCCAUCUCCAGACGAAAGCACCACUGCAGGAACUGUGGGGAGAUCUUCUGUAACAGCUGCUCUGACAAUGAGCUCCCUCUGCCCGCCUCGCCCAAACCUGUCAGAGUGUGUGACACCUGCCACGCCCUGCUGCUGCAGCGCUGCUCCUCCAACCCCACGUGAAGCACCGCUGCACCUCUGUCCUGACCGCCUCAAACUAUCUGAGACCCUCAAUCCCCCCCUCUCGGGUCCUCUGUAAGAACUGUCUCACAACUUCUCUCUACACACCGCUGCUGCUGCUAGAAAUGGCCCCUGUGCAUGACCAUUGAGUAUAUUUGCGAUGUCUUUAUUUACGGUUUGAAAAAGUCCCUCAUAGACAAACAAUGGCAUCAUUCUGCCUUUUUUUGAGUAAAGGCAGUCAGCCCACAUCAACAGGUCUUACUUUAUAGUCUGAGUGAGAAUCUCCUUUAUCAUUAUCCUAAAUAUCAGUUUUACAGAUGAAACAUUUAUGGCAAGUUUAGAUAUCAUUGACCUGUCUGCUAUAAGAGGAAACACUUUACUUUGGGCCGAGUGUGAACCUGCACUGUGACGAGCACUGCUGCAGCUAAAUGCAGAUUCACAGCCAAACCUGCAUUAUUAUCAUUUAUUUAUCAGGCCUCAAACUGUACACAGCCAAACACAUGAGAUCAUAUCAUUUAUACAGAUAAGUGUUGUUGCCUUGUUACCGAGUCUGAAUGCAAAGCCCCUUCUUUAGAGCGAGAGGGAAAUGAAAACAAACAUAACAUUUACACAGGCACAGAAUCCGACGUGACUACAUACUGAAUUGUAUCGUUGACUGUGGGAAGUUCCUGUUUUUAUUUGGUUGUUUCACAUAGCAACGAAGGGUUUUCUGCAAACUUAUUCUAGAAACGUUUACAGCUCCAAGCAGAUUUUGCUCUGCUGACACUAUGACCCAAACUAGUGGCUUUCACAUGAACUGAAUCUUAGUGCUGUUGUGCCUGUGUAAAUGCAGGGAGUUUAACCUACUUCUCGUGGUGCCAAAAUGAGCCCUAAAUUCUACAGUGAGGAUUUCUAUAGAGAGAUAUUUUACAGUAGCAACACUAACCCAGAAGGUGCUGCUUCGAGGACCAAGAAGAGCACCAGAUGGAAAACCAACUGGCUUUAGUUAGUUAACCACUGAUGGCCGUCUUACAACAUGACCACUUCACUGACUAGUUGGUGGCUGAAAACAGAUACACACUUCUGACACCAUAGCCACAAGUUUGAACACUUGCCAAUCCUAUAUUACCUGUAAUAUAGAGGAGUAUUUAUGUUUGAUUUUGUGCACAUUUAUUGUUACUUUCAGAAAUCCAGGGAGACUUGUGUGAGGCUUCCCUGUGAAGUUAGUUGUAAUCUGUGCAGAUGGAGAUGUUAUGAUAGAAGAACCACAUUUUACUGCUGCUCCAUUCCUGAGAAGGAAAUGUUGAAUUUCUUAAUCUAGUUUUUUAUGAUUUUAAAUGCUGCUGACUGUAAGGUUCAGUCUUCAGCGACGGGUUACGAGUUCACUGCACAUUCUGAUUUUGUACUUAAAUACAAUGUUUACAAUUUGUGACUUAAAAGAAACUGGAAGUAUUAAUUUCCAUGAAGACAAAACAGGCCUGGGUUCAUUUCAAUAAGCGUUUUUCAAAUAUUUAAAAUCACACCAAUUUAUCAUUAUAGGCAAACGCUUCUGAGCUGCACUCAGGCCUGAAACCUUUUUGUACACGGUUGCGUUUAUAAAUCUUUCCAUGGGACUUGUAGUGUUGAUACCACUGUACAGUAUGUUGUAUAUACACAUGUUGAUAAUCACCGUGGCCCUUUAGCUUAUUAAAUCCUGCCAGUUUAAUAAUAACUAUUGCCAACGGUUUGUUGCCUUGACUGUAGCAGUUUGAUUAAAUCACGUUACAAACACAA